AGAUGCUUGGCUUUUAAAUAAGUGUUUCUGAAGCACCUUACAGCAGUUUAGCUCCAUCUGUGAUUCACUUUUCUCCACAGCAGCGGCCAGCCCCACCAGCUUCCUUCUGCAAGGAGAGGCAUGUUCCUUUAGGCAAAAUGCACUGUGAGGAGAAGCAAAUUCCUGAAAUCGAGCAGGCCGAGCAGCACACUGAUGACACUGCCAAGGAAAGGACAGAAGUAUAGGCUGUUCUUUUUAAGAAAGAAAACAUCUGGUCGCAGCUAAAAGCUGAGAACACCUGAAUCCAAUGUUCAAAUGCGAAAGCAAGGAAAUCUGGAAACCGACGCUAUUUUGGGCUCACUGCAUUUCGUUGGGUUUUGGGGGAGCUCUGCGUAGUAGCGAUUGUGGGCAAACCACUAAAUAGUUCUCUGUUUGAACCAUCUGCCGUGCACGCGGGACAUAUGCUCGCCUUAUUCGUGCGGGAGCCCAGCGAAAGCCGAUACAGGCGGGCCGGGCCGAGCACCGCGAGCCGCGGCAGCACCGCCUUGGGGCGCAGCCACACGCACCGGACACCUCCGCCUACCGGGCACCCCGGGAGCCCUCCUGCAGCGCCCGGGCUGCCCCGCCGGAACAGCUCCCUGCCCGCGGCGGAGCUCCGUCCCAGUUUCCCCGGUCAAACUUUCCCAGCCGCCGGCAGCACCUGUGCGUAUCUCCCGGGCGAGAGGCAGCACCGCCUCCGCGCGAAGAAAUAAAGUUGCGGCUCCGAGGAGGGGACGAAUCCCCUCCCGCAGGGCUCGGGCAGCCGGGGAGCCCUGUAGGUGGCUGUCAACGCCUCAUCCCCCACCCCUCCCCGUGAGCGCUCGGUCCCUCCCCGGGCACAGGCGCUGCCCACCCAAGGAGGCGCCCGGCGCUGCUGCCCCGCUGCCGCCGCUCCGCGCACACAGACACACAAAUACGGUGCGUGCGCCUCCGGGAGUCAGCGCCUCCGCCUUCAGGUUGCUCAGACCUGAAACCUACGGGGAAUCUCAGCGUUCUUGUCGCCGCUCCUGCUGGUGGAAGCGGUGAAGAGGAGAGAUUUUUAUUACUAUUGUUAUUUUUAUUUUUUUCCCUCUCCUUAUAUUCAAUGGAUCGGAACUUGGAGUCUUUGCACCUCGGCGGUUUUGGAAUAUCUACAUGCUGAGCCUCUUUGUUGUGGCACAUCGGCUCGUUCGGUGGAACCAUCCGGAGACGGCACGAUGUUCCUCGCGCUGCUCUACUUGGCUCUGCCUUUAGCAGACGUACUUCUGUCGGCAGAAGUCAGCGGGCUGCCCGGAGGGGACCGCCUCGACUGCGUGAAAGCCAGCGAUCAAUGUCUCAAGGAGCAGAGCUGUAGUACUAAGUACAGGACACUGAGGCAGUGUGUAGCCGGCAAAGAGAGCAACUUCAGCCGGGCGACAGGCCUGGAGGCGAAGGAUGAAUGCAAAAGUGCCAUGGAGGCUCUCAAGCAGAAAUCUCUGUACAACUGCCGCUGCAAGAGGGGCAUGAAGAAGGAGAAAAACUGCCUGCGUAUUUACUGGAGCAUGUACCAGAGCUUACAGGGAAAUGACUUGCUUGAGGAUUCCCCCUAUGAACCAGUUAACAGCAGGCUGUCAGACAUAUUCAGGCUAGCACCGAUUGUAUCAGGUAAGCAGACUUAAAAUUCUUCAACUGAA